AUGGCGGCGCAGUGCUGCUGCCGCAAAGCGCCCGGCGCCGAGGCCGCGCCCGCGCGUCCGCCGCCCGAGCCGCCGCCCGCCCUGGACGUGGCCUCGGCCUCCAGCGCGCAGCUCUUCCGCCUCCGCCACCUGCAGCUGGGCCUGGAGCUGCGGCCCGAGGCGCGCGAGCUGGCCGGCUGCCUGGUGCUCGAGCUGUGCGCGCGGCGCCCCGCGCCCCGCGCGCUCGUGCUCGACGCGCACCCGGCCCUGCGCUUGCAUUCGGCCGCCUUCCGCCGCGCUCCCGCCGCCGCCGGCGAGCCACCCUGCGCCUUCGCCUUCGCUGCACCCGGGCCGAGUCCCGCGCCGCCGCCCCCGCUGCCCGCCUUUCCCGAGGCGCCCGGCGCGGAGCCCGCAUGCUGCCCGCUGGCCUUCAGGGUGGACCCUUUCACGGACUACGGCUCCUCGCUCACCGUCACGCUGCCGCCUGAACUGCAGGCGCACCAGCCCUUCCAGGUCAUCCUGCGCUACACCUCGACCGACGCCCCCGCCAUCUGGUGGCUGGGCCCAGAGCUGACCUACGGCAGCGCCAAGCCCUUCGUCUUCACCCAGGGCCACUCCGUCUGCAACCGCUCCUUCUUUCCGUGCUUCGACACGCCCGCCGUCAAGUGCACCUACUCGGCCGUCGUCAAGGCCCCGUCGGGGGUGCAGGUGCUGAUGAGUGCCACACAGAGCACCUACGUGGAGGAGGAGGGCGUCUACCGCUUCCACAUGGAGCACCCCGUGCCCGCCUACCUCGUGGCCCUCGUGGCCGGGGACCUCCAGCCGGCAGACAUCGGGCCCAGGAGCCGCGUGUGGGCUGAGCCAUGCCUCCUGCCCACGGCCACCAGCAAGCUGUCCGGCGCGGUGGAGCAGUGGCUGAGCGCAGCCGAGCGCCUCUACGGGCCCUACCUGUGGGGCAGGUAUGACAUCGUCUUCCUGCCCCCCUCCUUCCCCAUUGUGGCCAUGGAGAACCCCUGCCUCACCUUCAUCAUCUCCUCCAUCCUGGAGAGUGACGAGUUCCUGAUCAUCGACGUCAUCCACGAGGUGGCCCACAGCUGGUUCGGCAACGCCGUCACCAACGCCACGUGGGAGGAGAUGUGGCUGAGCGAGGGCCUGGCCACCUACGCGCAGCGGCGCAUCACCACCGAGACCUACGGUGCUGCCUUCACCUGUCUGGAGACAGCCUUCCGCCUGGACGCCCUGCACAGGCAGAUGAAGCUCCUCGGCGAGGACAGCCCAGUUAGCAAGCUGCAGGUCAAGCUGGAGCCAGGGGUGAAUCCCAGCCACCUGAUGAACCUGUUCACUUACGAGAAGGGCUACUGCUUCGUGUACUACCUGUCCCAGCUCUGCGGGGAUGCCCAGCGCUUCGACGGCUUUCUCCGAGCCUACGUGGAAAAGUACAAGUUCGCCAGCGUGGUAGCCCAGGACCUGCUGGACUCCUUCCUGACGUUCUUCCCGGAGCUGAAGGAGCAGAGCGUGGACUGCCGGGCAGGACUGGAGUUUGAGCGCUGGCUGAAUGCCACGGGCCCCCCGCUGGCCGAGCCAGACCUGUCUCAGGGAUCCAGCCUGACCCGGCCCGUGGAGGCCCUCUUCCAGCUGUGGACCGCGGAGCCCCUGGACCAGGCGGCUGCGUCCGCCAGCACCAUCGACAUCUCCAAGUGGAGGACCUUCCAGACAGCGCUCUUCCUGGACCGGCUCCUGGACGGGUCCCCGCUGCCCCAGGAGGUGGUGAUGAGCCUGUCCAAGUGCUACUCCUCCCUGCUGGACUCGAUGAACGCCGAGAUCCGCAUCCGCUGGCUGCAGAUCGUCGUCCGAAACGACUACUACCCAGACCUCCACAGGGUCCGGCGCUUCCUUGAGAGCCAGAUGUCCCGCAUGUACACCAUCCCGCUGUAUGAGGACCUCUGCACCGGCGCCCUCAAGUCCUUCGCCCUGGAGGUCUUCUACCAGACGCAGGGCCGGCUGCACCCCAACUUGCGCCGGACCAUCCAGCAGAUCCUGUCCCAGGGCCUGGGCCCCAGCACAGAGCCCAGCGUGGAGCCAGGCGGGGCCGGAGCGGACUCGGAGGCGGACGCGGACGCACCAGCCCUGCUGCUUGGGGACGAGGCCCCCGGCAGCGCCAUCUCUCUCAGGGAUGUCAACGUGUCUGCCUAG